AUGCUCAAAGACAAGUCCGUCAACGUGCAGGGCAUCAACGUCAUCCGGUACGAUGAGUAUCUCGGUCACUUCGACGACAAGAUCGCAGCGGUGGCCGUGGAUAAAUUCUGGAGAAACCAGUCUACGAGUCUUGGAGACUUCACAGGAUUUAUCAAGUUUUGGAAAGACUUGGCGACUCAGGUUUUGAAUACCAUGGGAGGUCGUGAGAUCCAGGGGUCCAGUUAUUUCUGUUUCAUAUGCAAGGAGUGCAUCAGAAGACAGUUUUUGGACGUUGGCGGGAAUGUGUACCAGUGUCUGUGUUAUGAAAAUGCCCUGGCCGUGCUAGUACAUGACGUGUACGUCCCUGUACCGGACUUCGUGCUCAAAGACAAGUCCGUCAACGUGCAGGGCAUCAACGUCAUCCGGUACGGCGAGUAUCUCGGUCACUUCGACGACAAGCUCGGACAGAAGGUCAUGGACAACUUCUGGAGGAACCAAUCAGUGGGUCUUAGAGAUAUCCCAGGGUACAUCAAGUUGGUCGAAGACUUGGCUACUCAGAUUUUGUCAGAAAAACAGCUGAUUGCAAAUUUCAAAGAAAUUAAGCCGGACAUGUUUGUUUUGAUGAAGCAUCCUAUGGUUAGAGAUUUUGUCAUUUUCCCCUAUAUGAUGAAUGUACCUUUUUCGUUUUUGUGUUAUUUUAACGAUUACAUUAGACAAAGGGUUCCGAUCAGUCUGCCCUCUUCACCUUUGCACAUGAAAGGUGAUUUUCUAGAACAGGGUAUGACUUUCAUCCAAGGUCUUAAGAAUAGCAUGGUUCAUUUUGGGUUUUUUCGUUCUCCACGAGAAUCCAGUGAUAAAAGUGUGGCAAGGUUCGCACCUCACCGACCCAGAAUAUCUACCAAGGAGAUCAUGUCCAAGGCGGAAAUUUUCAUUGUGGAGAGUGACCCAAUUAUGGAUUUCGCUCGUCUGCAGCUGCCAAAUAUCAAAUUCGUGGGAAGCACAGCGGGGAAUCCCCCGAAAGAACUCAAACAGCCGUUCAAAGGCUUCAUGGAGAAAUCUGUGAACGGCGUUGUCGUGGUUACGCUUGGAAGCAGCAUUCUGGAGGUACCGGACUACAUUUCCUCCAAGAUGGUGUCGGCGUUCCUGAAGCUGAAACAGAACCUGGUUUGGCGUGUGAAACUCCAGUUUCCUGAUCCGGGUAAGAUUUUCACUUCUUCCUGGGUACCACAAAAUGACCUCCUAGGGCACAAGAACACCACGCUCUUCGUCUCCCACUGUGGUAUGAACGGGCAGUACGAGGGAAUGUACCACGCCGUUCCAACUCUUUGCCUGCCUUUUGAGAAUGACAUGCCGUACAAUGCCCAAAGGGGCGUGACCAAAGGUUUUGGUCUUAGGGCCGACAUCCGUGGGAUCACAGACAUAGAGCUUCUGGCGUUGAUGAGAGAAAUGCUGGAAAAUAACAAGUAUAAGAAAAACAUACAAAAAGCCACGGAUCUGUAUAAACUUCCGGUCAACGAGACGGCAUUCUGGUUGGAUCACGUGAUGAAGUAUGGUGGCGCCUACAUGAGGUCAGCAGGUCAAAACAUGCCCAUGUGCCAGUUCCUGGCACUAGACGUUCUGGCGUUUGUAGUGGUUGUGAAUGUGGUUGUUGUUGUGAUGGUGUACAAGACCUGUCGCUGUUGUUGUGGCCUGUGUUGUGGCAAGAAGAGGAAAUCGAAGAGAGAUUAAUUAAGAUAUACUUGCGUGCACGAGGGGCGUUCAUAAAGUCUUUAUCCUGACCACGAAAAAAGCAAGCUAGAAAGUUAAAAUUUGACAGUCACAAUGCUACUGUUCUACACAGUCACCCUACAAAUUGAGAAAACUGUGCCUUUUAUGUUCGAUCUUUAAUAGUCCUUAAGCGAAAUAUGACUUGAAAUGGGUCUCAAACCAUAGCUUUUUUGCAUAUAUGGCAUAUUUGUCUCUAUAAAAGUACUGUCGGGGGCUCUCGUGGCCUUGAGGUUAAGGUGUUGGCCUCUCAUUCAAAGGUCCCGGGUUCGAAU